ACUGAACAUUUCAGUGACCACAUAUACUUCCAACUAACAACAGAAUUAGUACAACUCCCAGCUGAAAAGAAAUGGCUCAAUUCGGAUCUCAAUAUUCCCUGCUUCUACUGGGUAUGAUGGUAGCCGUAGUGGUAGCCAGAAUGUCACCAUCUCCGAACAAUCCACAAAUCGCCGGCGGAUUUCAGAAAGCAAAUCCAAAGGAUCCAGGAGUCGUCGAUGCCGGGGAAUUCGCGAUCCAGGAACACAACAGAAUAGCCAACACCAAACUCCAGUUCGUGGCGGUUUUUAGGGCGGAACAACAGGUCGUGGAUGGCACGAAUUUCAUCCUACUUAUUGAGGCGCGUAAGGAAAACGGUGUUAAUGGGUUGUAUCAGGCUCGCGUUUUCCGCGGGUUAAAGGUGUCCGGCGGGAAGAAAACGCUUGAAGGUUUCAUAGAAUUGCCUAGAGCAUCCGCUUAAUUUUGUUUCAGAAGUAAUUUUGCUCCACUAAACUGAAGAAAAUGUGUUUUUUUUUUUUUUUGCUUCCAAUAAACAUAACCGGACGAUGGAAAUUUGGAGUAAGGCAAUAUCAAUAUUUGAGGAGUGCAAUAUAUUUUUCCGAUCAACUCACCUUUUUUAAUCAAUCAUGAAAAAAGUGAAAACUUAAAUUUACUAUAUUACGUAAUAGUAAAUUCGUUGAUCGUUUUGUCACUUGAAUGAAUAUAAAUGCUUGAUUAGAUAGUUUUUUGGCUAUCUACAGUAAAACUUAGUAUUUAUGAAAUAAGUCUUUAAAUUUUUGAAAUCUUGACAAUAGAGUUGC